AUGGGAGAAUCGGCUCAAGCGGGAUGCGCGAUGGAGACGGAGGAUGCGCGUGAGGCCCCGUUGACCGUUACAGAGUUCUUCUUGGACCCCAGGCGCUACAACCCGUCCUCCCCAAUCCUCCACAAGGCGGCAAAUGCCGACGGAGAUACCGCGCUUUACGUUGCCGCAAAAGCUGGGCACGACGAAGCCGUGCGUGCGCUACUGGAGGUGCAGGCCACGAAAGUUAACUGGCAAAAUCACAAAGGUAUUACGUCUGUGUCGGUGGCGGCGCACAAGGGGCGCGAGGAGAUUGUGAAGAUGCUUAUAUCAGCUGACGCGGACGUGAACAUCGACAGCAACAACGGCUCAACACCCCUCAUCCAGGCGUCCCAUUUCGGGCAUGCCGAAGUGGUGAAACUCCUGGUCAACGCGAACGCGCUCGUGGACAAAGCGAACCAAAAGGGAACAACAGCGCUAAUGCGCGCAACACAGGAGGGGAACGAAGAGGUGGUCGGCAUACUCGUUGCUGCUGGCGCGGAUGUUAGCAAGCGCAACAACGAGCGCAUGAACGCGCUGAUGCUGGGUUCGCAAAGAGGGCAUGCGGCAAUAGUUCAAGCUCUCAUCCAUCACAAGGCGGACAUCGACGGGCAGACAGCGCAAGGCAGCACGGCCCUGAUGCUGGCAUGUAAACGGGGCCACGAGGAAGUUGUUCGAGUACUACUCACGGCCGGAGCAGAAUUGCACCAAAAGGACAGUCGCGGGAGAACAGCACGAGAUACAGCAUCAAAGCGAAGUCAUGAGUCAAUCCUGGCCAUGUUGCACCCGUCAAAGCAGAUGAGGCUCAUGCAGGACGCGGAGGUUGCAGAAAGGACGCUCGUGCUGCAGAAGGUCUUCAAUCGCUACACGGCAGGAAAGCUACUAGUAACGGAGACACAACCAGACGUUUCGGGUUCGGCGUCUCUUUCAAUGCUUAUCCGGAGCCUCAUCUCGCCAAUAUCCUCCAAUCGAGCAGUUUUCGAGCACAUCGCGAGCUUUAUCCCACUUCCGCGCCUGUGGGAUACUUCAUUGGAAAAGAUUCGCCGGCGAUGCCAUAUUGACGCCACUGAGGCUAUCCGUGAGGCCUUCAGGAUCAUCGAUGAGGUUCUGGCAGACCUAAACUUCGUGCACGGUCCGGAUCAUGGAACUCACCUGGUUCGACUGUGGGAACAUCCUUCACUUGGUCAGCGACUUACACAAGACCUGCACAUGCCGCCUUUGCUGGUGCAAGCAUUAAGAUCCUGGGGAGGAACCCAGGAGAGUGUGACCAGUUUGGCCGGUGGAGAAGUCACCUUCCAACCACGAGUAGCUACGCGGGUGGUUGCGCUUGCAACGGAGCUGGUCAAGUGGUAUCGUACCCACGAAAGUUCCACGUGCUACAUCGUGGACCCAGAUAUUUCAGCAGCCUGUGCCAAUGGCGCCGGGUCAGGACGACUUGAUGGCGAGAUCGAGGGCGAAAGCUCGGACGGGGAAAUGGAUGGCUGAAAUAUUCAGACCCGCUUGUGCAUAACUUGUAGAUGUUGACGUUCCUUGUCCACAACCGGAAGAACCGUUGAAAAUUGCCCGUGGCGUUGUCAGCGUAUGGCUAUUCCAAUAGAGUCGUGUGUUCUAUCUCAAGAUUCGUUCGGGGGCGUUGACGCUGUAAUCUGUUAGACGAGGAUAUGGCGAACCAAAGAUUUCUUAGUUUCUCGACUGCCUCUUUGGCUACGAAUUCCAUGUAAAGUACUGCUAUGCGUUGAAAUGAAGGUACAAAACACUUGCUUGUGUGUUGGAUGGGUACAAGGAGGAGAGUACGAGGCCUCGCCUUAAAUAGACGUUGUUACGGCCUUUGGGAUUUCGUCUUUUGUUAGAAUCGAUAAACAGUGCGGGCGGCGUAUCACAUGAGGGGUUCAGAUAGUACAACGGUGGUAGACGUUGUUGCCGUUGGUAGAAGAGCGAAUGGAACAGUCCAGGGUUGCGUUGCCACUUUCUCGUGUAGACUUUUUGGUGUGCCGGGUGUGGCCGAUCACGCUGAGAUAACCCCCGGUCGUGCACUUACAAGUCGAUGAGGUAGCUGAGGACUCUCUGAAAUGGCAUUCUUGAUCCAUUCUUGAAGGAGGUCUGCCGGUAUGGCGGGGUCCUGAAGCGGACCAACAUGGUAUAAUUAAAUGAUGAACCGCUCGGAUUUGCUACAGGUCGUAUGUGAACGUGCAGCCUUCUGUUCAAGCAGUGACAUGGGUUGCCCCGGCUGUACGGAAGAACGACAAUAAAAUGGAUUCCGUUCCAACCCGUAUGUAAGGUGGGUGUUUGUGGACCUGGUGCUUUGCCACGCCUUCGCAGAAACAAGGUGCUACAGCAGUAGGAAACUUGAAUUGAAGCGUGUGGUAAAAUGGG